UCGGCUGCUCGAAGCGUGAUGUCAGUGCUGGAGCAACAUGCGCGAGCUCUGGCAUCUUAGGUUUCGUGAUUUGUAAUUCUGCUCAAGGGAUGGUCCUUAAAAGCGCGCAAAGAUCGUCCCACCUUUUUCUUUUUUUUUAAGCAGUAGUGUGUUGCUUGCAGACAGAGAAGUUUUAGGGGAAUUUGUUGCAGGAUGCGUUUAAACCGACGCAACGCGGGGGUCUCGACAUGUUAACAUGCUUUAAAAGUCUGCUUCUGUUUGUGUCAGCGCAGAACAGCUGUCCGAGUCUAAUGUGUUCACACUGAUACAGAGACGCGUCUAGCGCCAAAAAAGGCAACAGAGUGAGUAACGUAACGCGACGCGAGCGUCAUGAUGUAAUCACGCUGCAGCAGGAGGCGUGUCGCGCGGAGGCGGUGUUUUCCCGCGGAGUUUCUGCUCCGUGAAUUCCUGGGUUUUCCCGAGGAUCGUCCCGCGAUAUUCCCCUCGAAGCACGCGCCUCCGGCAGAUCCGUGUCUGAUCGCGCUGAUGACGCGACGCACGCGCGAUAGAUCAGGCUCUUUAACGUCUGAUAGAGCUGGGGUUUUUGCGUUUAUUUUUCAGUUGUAAUGAAUUCUCCAGGAUCAUACCGUCUAUUUUUAGACAGCCACCUUCAUCAAGUCUUCUAGCUUUAAAGAGAAGAACAGAAGAACAGUGCAGCAGAGAUGGGCACAAAUACAUCAAACUGUUUUUGGUUUCAAAUUACAAACGCUUGCUCAUUGUAUUUAAUUUCAAAUACAAAAUACUGGUCUGAUAAAUAUAUUGAAUUCAAAUACAAGUAAUUUUUUACUUGAAAAUACAAACAAUAUUUACAAGCAAUCAUUAUAAGUGUAAGAGAAAGUGCCAUUACAUUUAUCAAUCCUGGAGUUAGAUCCAUGAGAUGAACAGAAGCCUUCCUUGAACACCUUAUGAACAUCAUACAGUACUCAACACAUGCAACUGUUCACUUUAGCACUGCUCGGUUUAUUUGUGUUUCACUUGGUCUAAAAUAAAGUAUAGGAUAGUUAGUAUCUCACUGAUUACAUGUAAUCUGGAUUAUGUAAACCCGAUUCCAAGAAAGUUGGGACACUGUACAAAUUGUGAGUAAAAAAGUAAUGGAAUAAUUUACAAAUCUCAUAAACUUAUAUUUUAUUCACAAUUGAAUAUAGAUAACAUAUCAAAUGUUGAAAGUGAGACCUUUUCAAAUGUCUUGCCAAAUAUUGGCAAAUUUUGGAUUUCAUGAGAGCUACACAUUCCAAAAAAGUUGGGACAGGUAGAAAUAAGAGGCCGGAAAAGUUAAAUGUACUUAUAAGGAACAGCUGCAGGACCGAUUUGAAACUUAUUAGGUCAAUGGGAACAUGAUUGGGAAUAAAAAGAUCCUCUCAGAGCGACAGUUUCUAUCAGAAGUCAAGAUGGGCAGAGGAUCACCAAUUCCCCCAAUGCUGCGGCGAAAAAUACUGGAGCAAUAUCAGAAAGGAGUUUCUCAGAGAAAAACUGCAAAGAGUUUGAAGUUAUCAUCAUCUACAGUGCAUAAUAUCAUCCAAAGAUUCAGAGAAUCUGGAACAAUCUCUGUGUGUAAGGGUCAAGGCCGGAAAACUAUACUGGAUGCCCGUGAUCUUCAGCUCUUAGACAGCACUGCAUCACAUACAGGAAUGAUACUGUAAUGGAGAUCACAACAUGGGCUCAGGAAUACUUCCAGAAAACACUGUCAGUGAACACAAUCCACCGUGCCUUUCACUGUCACCGGCUAAAACUCUACAGGUCAAGAAAGAAGCCAUAAUUAAACAUGAUCCAGAAGCGCAGGUGUUUUCUCUGGGCCAAGGAUAAUUUAAAAUGGACUGUGGCAGAGUGGAAAACUCUUCUGUGGUCAGACGAAUCAAAAUUUGAAGUUCUUUUUGGAAAACUGGGAUGCCAUGUCAUCCGGAAUAAAUAGGACAAGGACAAUCCAAGUUGUUAUCAGCGCUCAGUUCAGAAGCUGCAUCUCUGAUGGUAUGAGGUUUCAUGAGUGUGUGUGGCAUGAGCAGCUUACACAUCUGGAAAAACACCAUCAAUGCUGAAAGAUAUAUCCAAGUUCUAGAACAACAUAUGAUCCCAUCCAGACGUCGUUUCUUUCAGGGAAGACCUUGCAUUUUCCAACAUGACAAUCCCAGACCACAUACUGCAUCAAUUACAGCAUCAUGGCUGUGUAGAAGAAGGAUCCGGGUCUGAAAUGACCAGCCUGCAGUCCAGAUCUUUCACCCAUAGAAAACAUUUGGUGCAUCAUAAAGAGGAAGAUGUGACAAAGAAGACCUAAGACAGUUGAUCUAGAAGCCUGUAUUAGACAGGAAUGGGACAACAUUCCUAUUCCUAAACUUGAGUAACUUGUCUCCUCAGUCCCCAGACGUUUGCAGACUGUUAUAGAGAGAAGAGGAGAUGCCACACAGUGCUAAACAUGGCCUUGUGCCAACUUUUCUGAGAUGUGUUGAUGCCACGAAACUUAAAAUCAAUUUUCCCUUAAAAUUAUAAAUUUUCUCAAUUUAAACAUUUGAUAAAUCAUCUAUGUUGUAUUCUGAAUGAAAUAUUGAAAUGUGAAACUUCCACAUCAUUGCAUUCUGUUUUUAUUCACAAUUAGAUAUUUUUUUAUUAGUACUUGUAACUACAUUGCAAUUAUGCUGUAUCUUUCAUAUUUAACAUUUUAGGUUCACAGUCUACUCUGUUAAUCCAUUAAUCAGUCUCUUUAAUGUUGUUGAAAGCAUGAAUCUUUAAAAACAACUACAGACAAGUGAGCAGAAUAAUGCAAUAACUGCCGGAGAACUGGAGAAAUUCCAGAAAGAGAAGAUGAGGACAACUCCUGCACAGUAAAAUUACCAGUGUAAAAAAUGCAGUGUUAAAUGUUAAUAACUCCCAAAAAGUUGAAUUAACAAUCUACAGUGUUGAUGAGUACACCCUGUCUUUGUAGUUGUAGGGUGCAACAUUAUGUGAUUUUAUUUUUACACUAAAAGUGCAAAAAGACGCGCCAAAUUGUCUUGACUCCACCCUCAACGACUGCCUUGUGGGGCAAUUACGCCAUUUUGUCUGCACGCGACGGAGAAGGAUUAAGGAUGCUCAUUAAAGUGAAGUUCAACCAUGAACAAAAGUUUGUUAAAGUUUCUGGCGCCGACCUGAAACUCUCUGAUUUUCUGGAUGAAGCCUUUGUGAAAUUCGGAAUUCCCGCCUCCAAACGCGCAGAGACCAGGCUCUACGAUUCGUCUUACACAGAAGUUGAUGAGGAUGUUUUCGAGGAGGUUAUAAAGCAGCCAAAUUUAGGCGUUUUUAUUCUUCGAUUCGAAAACUCGUCACACGAUUUGGCCCAGGUCCCUUCUGUGACAAGUGAAGAAAGCUCAUUGCAGAAUGCAAACUAUGAAUCUGAUGACACCAGUCUUCUAAGUGAUGGAAGUCCUUCAAGAAAGCAACAGAGGGUUGAAGACGAAGCCAGAAUUUUGGUCCAAAAAAUCCUGCAGACUAAACCUGGUGGAGACGCAAUCAUCAGGGAAUACAACAAAACCAAAAGCUUGACUGACAGCACCAGGAGAAAGAUGAUCAAGAUUCUUACUGCAGAUAUGACUGAAAAACACAGCACAUCUCCACCCAGAAAUAUUAGGGAAAUGUAUGCCCAAGGAAUCGUUGCCCUGUUUCCAUAUCUUCGUGAUCCCUACACAAAGAAUGGAUAUGAACAUUAUUAUGACCCUCAAAGUGGACAAGGUUACCUGACUUGGAAAAUAAAGAACAUUCAGAGGAACAGUGCAUCAUCAGAGAACUGUAGACGUUCCUCACAGUCUUUCAGUGGUGGCCCAACUUCGGAAAGAGAGGCUGCAUCCAGCACAGAUGUUAUUCUCACUGAAGAACAGUGUAGAGAAGCAGUUUCUCUAAUGAAACACACCUCAGAAGUGGACACCAUCAAGAUCAAAAUGAAGGAGACAUUUCAGUACCGUCGCAAGAUGAUUCAAGACCCAAACAGAAGCACUGAUGUGUUGACGGAAUUUCCACGCUUCUUGGAUGUUCAAGGCCUGAUUGAACAGGAUUUUGUUUUGCUCUUUGGUGAAAAGACGACUUCUAAGCUUUUAGAAAGGUGGCCAACUACAUUCAUGCACAAAGUUAUUCAGCAAAGCAAAAGUCUUAACUCCUCCCAAGCUCUUCAGGACUUGAUUGACUGUGCCGAAAUGACUGUGAAGGAGAAUGAAAUAGGGGAUGCAGGAUGGAACAGUGACAUUGCUUCUAUUCUUCUUUUACUUCAUUUGAUCCCACCUUCACCACAAGGCAGAAAGAGACCUGGAAAGAUGUCCGCAUCUCAAGCAGAAAAACACCUCGUCAUCUUCAAAAAGGCCGGUACUAACAUACAAGAGCACCUGGACUCAAUUGAAGAAAGCACACAGCCAUACCUGCUUGCCAUGGGUCCAAAGAAGAACAGCAUUCAUGUAUACUACAUCAUUCUCGACAAGAAAGCCAUACCGUGCAAAUCAGUGAGUGGUCUCAGUGCCUUUGAUGAACUUUUCAAAGCGCACUUUGUGUUUGGUGCAUCUUACAGCAAAGUCCUGCACAACAUGUACACCUUUGUACAAACAACAGUUUUUCAGAUUGACAUUGGCAAAGUCAAAGAGUGCCCAAGAGUUGCUGAACUCAGAGCUAGAUUCCUGCGUUAGAUUUGAUUGCUGGGAAAAAUGAUUUGUUUUGUUUGUUUUUGUUGUCUGAAAAACACAAAUGUUCUUGUUCGACAUCUAAAGUUAAUUCAUGGGCUCUUGCCUGGCAAAUCACUUAGACUGAAAUGUGGUGAAGCAGGUUGCUGUUUAGAAUUUGCAACUUUUUCAGGUUUUCGCAAACACUUAAAAAGAGUUCAUGAAGCAGGUGAAGUUUUGUUAUGUGUAGAGGAUGAUGCUGUUGUUCAUAAUGCAGUUGGGCUACCAAGUAAUACUGAUGUGGCUACAUGUUCAAAGGACAGUUCUUUGCCAGUUCCCAGCAAAAACACUACCGAUUUGUGUGCAUCAGCAAUAGCACAAUUGCAAGCUGCAGGUGUUAGUCAGACUACUGUUGAUACUUUUGUUAUGUCUAUGGAGGAAGUAGUUCAAGACAUCCAGGAUCAAGUAAAAGAGACCGCUAUAAAAUGCUUAUUUUCAGAAAACACGGACAUUAAAAGUUCAAUUGAGCAGUCAUUUCAUGAAAUUGAAAACCCUUUCACCAUGCUUAAUUCCAUAUCUAAACGAAAAUCAUAUUUUACUAAAAAAUGGGGAAUUGUCCAGCCUGUGGAGAAGGUAAUUGGGGUCAGAUUUGACAACAGAAAAAACAGGACUACUGGAACUUAUGAGCAAGUUGCAGUGACUGACAAGUUUGCCUAUGUUCCAAUACUCCAAACAUUACAGAACAUUUUAAAGCACCCAAACACCACAUGCAGGUUCAAGUCAGGUUUACCUAAUAAAAACGGUAUUUACUCUGAUAUUGAAGAUGGACUGUACAUAAAAAGUCAUCCCCUGUUUUCGACUGAAAAAAAUGCACUUCAGAUUCAAUUGUAUUAUGAUGAAUUCGAAACUGCCAAUCCUUUGGGCUCAAAAAAGGGAAUUCACAAAUUAGGCGGUAUAUAUUUUACUUUGAGAAAUUUCCCACCACAAUUUAAUUCAUCUCUAACAAACAUACAUUUAUGUGCACUUUUCCAUGCCCAAGACAUCAAAACAUAUGGAUUUGAUGCAAUAUUGGAACCUAUUGUCAAUGACAUAAAAGUCCUUGAAAACAAGGGUAUACAAGGACCUGCUGGUUUUGUGCGUGGAAGCAUUGUCCAAGUAACGGGAGAUAAUCUUGGUUUACAUGGCCUUUUUGGAUUUGUUGAAUCUUUUAGAGCUCGGAAUAAUUGUAGGUUUUGUCUCACUGAAAGGGAAGAUUAUCAAACUGUGUUCUGUGAAGAUGAGCCAAAUUUAACUUUCCGCACCAAAGAAACACACGUACAACACUGUGAAGCUCUACAAUCAGACCCAACACUACAACAUGUUUGUGGUGUGAAACGUACAUGUUUGUUAAACACUCUGCAGUACUUUAAUAUAUCAGACAACUUUUCUGUAGACAUAAUGCAUGAUAUUUUAGAGGGAGUUGCUCAGUUUGAAUUAAAACUUGUUUUAAAGUAUGUUCAAGCUAAUUUUUUGACAGCGAAAGAGUUGGAUGGCAGAUUAAAUUCAUUUAAUUAUGGGUACAUGGAGAGGAGAAAUCGGCCUCCUUCUUUAAAACUGGAUGACGAGAGCAAUGAUUUGGGCAUAAAUGCAAUACAGUGUUGGUGUCUACUUCGAAAUGUGCCGCUGAUAUUUGGUGACAUUGUGCCCCAAGACGAUAAAUACUGGCAAUUACUACUACUUUUACUACAAAUAGUGAACAUUGUAUUUUCUCCCAUUUUAACUGAAGGACUUACUGUUUAUUUGAAACACUUAAUUACUGAGCAUCACAGGCUGUUCAAGUGCUUAUUCCCAGGAAAGAAUCUGCUGCCUAAACAUCAUUUAAUGUGUCACUACCCUCGGUGUAUACGAAAUAUUGGGCCUAUUGUUCACAUGUGGUCAAUGCGAUACGAGUCCAAACACAAUUUCUUCAAGACUCAACCAAAAUGUUUCAAGAACAUAACUAAGACGCUUGCCAAAAAACAUCAGAAUUUCAUGGCAUAUAACUGGGAAGCCUUUAACCAUGACAGAAUUGUACUUGGACCAGGAAAGAAUGUGUGUGUCAGUGACUUGAAUGAAAGUGUUCAGAUUGCAUCUAAGUUGAACAUUCCUACAGAAACAAAUGUUCUCUCAGUGAAAUGGGUGAAGUAUAAUGGAACUGAAUAUCGUUCUACCUUAGUUAUUUGUGGUCAGGUAGACCUUGAUUUGCCAGUGUUUUAUAAAAUCAGGGAUAUUAUUGUCAGAAAUGAAUGCGUGUUACUGGUUACAUCGCAGCUCAAAACUGUUUGUUUUGAUGAACAUCUUUUUGCCUACAGAAUUGAUCACAGACCCAGCGCAUCUCUGAAAGUGUUUACUGUCAGUGAACUCACUUAUUACAAACCUUUUGAUGUGCAGAUGUCCUAUGGGUCUGAUAAUUUCUUUUGUUUUGUUGUACCCUACUGUAAUCUUAUUCAAAUUUAGCUGUCACUUGUUCAUGUCUCUGUGAAGUUAAUGAGUUUGUUUUAUCCAUUUUGUAUUUCUGUGCAACCCCUCAUGAAUUUGACCCAACUGUUGAAUGUUGUUUUAAAGUAGCCACUUUGCCCAGAUUUUAAAUAAAAAUUAGUUGUUA